AUGCCGAACCGCUGCCCAGAUCACGCCAGAACCACCGUCACCGUUUCAGACCAAGUCGGCGUCCCUGCUCGUGAUUCCGUAAACGUGAGACGGAGUGCACGCCAGCAACCCCGAGCCGCCGUCUUCUCGAUCACGCCGCCGCUGUUCACCGUCGCCGCUCCUCAAGUUACCUUCGUUUGUGUUCAGAUCAGUUUCCCGUGUGUCCAUAAUCAUCCGUUCAUCCGAAAAUCAAAUGGUGGGAUUCGUGGAUUCUUAAGGUUUCUACUUAAUUAAUAUCCGGAGAUACUGGUCUAGAGAAUUGUUUGUUGAUUGUGGUAAUAUGAAAGAUUGAUUAUAUUUAGUUGUUUAUGCGUAUGAG